AUGCUAGGCCGCCUGAAGUCUCUUCUCAGUCUCUCUGGCCCCGUCAUCGACCCAUCCAAAUUCCGUGCAUCCAUGUCGACCGCGUCUGGACAACCUGAAAUUGCGACGUUUGCCUCUGGGUGCUUCUGGGGUGUCGAACACAUCUUCUUGAAGCACUUCCCUCCCUCUGAGAAUAAGGGAAUUCUCAAAACCGCUGUCGGUUACACGGGAGGAAAGGAAACUGCUUCGAAUCCGGACUACAAGAGCGUUUGCUCGGGGUCAACUGGACAUGCUGAAGCUGUCCGGAUAGAAUUCGACCCCUCUAUCGUUUCUUAUGACCAGCUCGUUGAGUUCUUCUACCGAACGCACGACCCAACGACCCUAAACCGCCAGGGAGCUGAUACAGGCACCCAGUACCGCUCCGCCAUCUUCACACAUUCGCAAACGCAAGAGGAGAUUGCGAAACGCGUGACGGAGGAAGUCCAGCAGAAGCACUUUACGCCGAUAGGGAAGAAGAUCGUCACCGAGAUUCUCCCCGCGGGCAAGUGGUGGGAUGCGGAGGAUUACCACCAGCUCUACCUCUUCAAGAACCCGAGCGGCUAUCAGUGCCCAACCCACCGACUGCAUUGGUGACCACCAUCCUAAUCGUUGUAUGUAUAUUAGUGUAUUAUUAGUUCAUUUUUCGGGGAAUCCAACUAUCCAAAAGGAAAA